UAGCAUUAAGUUAUCCAGAAGAACAAAACUUCAAUCACACUAUCAUCAAGAAACAAAAUGGAGGACGGAACAAGCUUCUCCUCAUCCAACAUUGAUCCAAGGAGCGGUUUCCACCAUGCUUCCAGAACCUUCCACAGCCUUAGACCCCCACUCCACCUCCCUCCUCCAAACGCCACCGUUUCCGCCGCAGCAUACACCAUCUCCCUCCGCCGCAACUCGCCCUGGCCGGACUCAGUCACCGCCCUCAUCGACUCAGCCACCGGACACCGCCUCUCCUACGCUGAGUUCAUCCACCACGUCGAAACCCUAGCUUCCAACCUCACCUCCAUCCUCAAACUCUCCAAAGGCGACACUGCCUUAGUUCUCUCCCACAACCUCAUGCAGGUUCCGAUCCUCUGCUUAGCACUCCUCUCCAUUGGCGUAAUAGUCUCUCCAGCGAACCCACUCUCCACGCGCUCCGACCUCACGCGCGUCUUCCACCUCAGCAAACCGGUAAUUAUCUUCGCCGCCACUUCAGUCGCAGCCAAGACUCACGAGCUUCCGAAUCUCCGACUCGGAACCGUCUUCCUCGACUCACCCGAGUUUGACUCGCUAAUGAGGACGAGGAAAACGAGUGGACUCGAAGCUCGCGUAAAAGUGAGUCAAUCUGACGUGGCAGCGAUUCUGUACUCGUCUGGGACCACUGGAAAUGUGAAGGGAGUAAUGCUGACGCACCGUAAUUUAACGGCGUUAGCCGUGGGAUACGAUGCCGUUCGAGAGGAGCGAAAGGAGCCACCGGUGUUCCUCUAUACGAUGCCCUUUUUCCACGUGUACGGAUUCACGUUCAGCUUGAGGGCUAUGGUUCUGUCGGAGACGGUGGUGAUCAUGGAGAGGUUUCGUUUUAGGGAGAUGCUGAGGGCGGUGGAGAGGUUCCGAGUGACGAAUAUCGCGAUGGUGCCGCCGCUAGUGGUGGCUUUGACGAAGGACGGCGUAACCGACGGGUACGAUUUAACGUCAUUGGUAGGAAUCGCAUGCGGCGCGGCUCCAUUGGGAAAGGAAACUGCUGAGGCUUUCAAAUCGAAGUUUCCCGGAGUGGUGAUCAUCCAGGGAUACGGUUUAACUGAGUCAACUGCUGGGGUUGCCCGAAGCACCAACGAGGAGAUUGACCGGGUGGGAACAACAGGUAGACUAUCAGCAGAUGUAGAAGCCAAAAUUGUGAACCCAAACACAGGAGAAGCCAUGCUUCCUGGUCAACAAGGGGAACUCUGGAUCAGAGGACCUACCAUUAUGAAAGGGUAUGCUGGUGACCCAGAAGCAACUUCAGCAACUUUGGUGGACGGGUGGUUAAGGACAGGGGACCUCUGUUUCUUCGAUGAUGAGGGUUUCUUGUACGUUGUAGACAGGUUAAAAGAGUUAAUCAAAUACAAGGGCUACCAGGUUGCUCCCGCAGAACUAGAACAGUUACUCCACUCUCACCCAGAGAUCAAGGAUGCCGCAGUUAUUCCAUACCCUGAUGAAGAAGCCGGCCAGGUGCCCAUGGCAUUUGUGGUAAGACAACCCCAAAGUUCCCUUGGCCAAGCAGAAAUAAUUAAUUUUGUCGCCAAACAGGUUGCACCAUACAAGAAAAUAAGGCGUGUAGCAUUUAUCGAUUCCAUUCCGAAGAAUGCUGCGGGAAAGAUUCUGAGGAAGAACUUGCAUAAACUUGCUCUCCAAACAUCUUACCCUAGAUUAUAGUGUUUCAUUUUUAUUGGGGAUUAUGCUUCAAUCAGUUUAGGUACAUUUUAAAUUAAUUCAGGUUUUAUCCAAUUAAAAAUAGGUUGUCUGUAUUAUAAUUAAGAGUUUAUGUAUUCAUCGAAACAAAAUUAAGUAUUUAUCGUACACACGUCUCAAAAUAUUCAUUAAUUGUAAUGAGAUAUCUAAAGUAUCCACUUCUAAUAAUUUAAGAAACAUUGUUUUGGGU